ACAUAGUGGACAUCAAGCCAGCCAACAUGGAGGAGCUAACUGAGGUGAUAACAGCAGCAGAGUUCCAUCCUCACCACUGUCACCUGUUUGUCUACAGUAGCAGUAAGGGAACUCUACGUCUCUGUGACAUGAGGGCCUCGGCACUUUGCGACAAACACACCAAACUCUUUGAGGAACCAGAGGACCCAGGAAGUCGUUCAUUCUUCUCUGAGAUCGUGUCGUCGGUGUCGGAUGUGAAGUUCAGUCACAACGGGCGGUACCUGCUGACCAGGGAUUACCUGACGGCCAAGGUGUGGGACUUACACAUGGAGAAAGGCCCUGUCGAAACCUACCAGGUUCAUGACUACCUGAGGACUAAGCUGUGCUCUCUGUACGAGAACGACUGCAUAUUUGACAAGUUCGAGUGUGUCUGGAACAGCUCCGACAGCGUGAUAAUGACGGGGGCGUACAACAGCUUCUUCCGGAUGUUUGACAGGGAGACGGGGCGGGGCGUGACCCUGGAGGCGUGGCGAGAGACCAGUAAGCCGCGAGCUGUACUGCGGACGCGACGGAUCUACACCGGGGGCAAGCGUCGUCGCGGCGACGUGGGGGUGGACAGUCUGGACUUCACUAAGAAGAUCCUCCACAUGGCCUGGCACCCCGAGGAGAACAUCAUCGCCAUAGCCUCCACCAACAACCUCUACAUCUUCCAGGACCGGGUCAGCCCCGACACACAUGGUCCAGACCUGGGUUCAAAUACCAUUUAGCACCGGGUCAGCCCCGACACACAGGGUCCAGACCUGGGUUCAAAUACCAUUUAGCACCGGGUCAGCCCCGACACACAGGGUCCAGACCUGGGUUCAAAUACCAUUUAGGUCCAUUUAGGACAGGGUCCAGACACAGACACAGGAACAGUAUUGAGAAGUAGUCG